UGCCAUACCCUGAAGAUGUAUGGGUUAAAUCUGCCCAGGUUCACCAAAUGGCAAGCUGCUAAAAUAGCUUGUAGCUGUGCAACAAACAAACGCACAACCAACUGCAGUAUGAGUUCUGGCACCUGUCAGUGUACAUCCUUUGGCUCUCAAGUCUUAGUCAACUGUCAGACACUGACUUCAAAAUGUCUGCUGAUGAAGGCAGAAAUGGCUGCCUUAAAGAAGUCUGGUCGUCGGGAGAGACCAAAGCAUGCAUAUGUUGACAAUGAUGGAAUUUAUGAUCCUGACUGUGAAAACAGUGGCAAAUUCAAGGCUAGGCAGUGCAAUGGAACCUCCUGCUGGUGUGUGAACACUGCUGGAGUAAGAAGAACUGAAAAGAGUGACGCAGACCUGCAGUGCAGUGAGCUAGUCAGAACAAGCUGGAUCCUCAUUGAAACACAACAUGGUGAGAGAAGUAAAGAUGUGGAUGUUUCUCAGUUGAAGGAAACCAUCAAAAAUGAAUUUAGACGACGUUACUUGUUGGAACCAAAGUAUAUACAUGAUGUUGUGUAUGAAAAACCUUUAAUCAUUAUUGAACUGAAGCAAAAUGUUUCCCAGAAGUCUUCCCAGGACGUGGAUAUAGCUGAUGUGGCUUACUACUUUGAAAAAGAUGUCAAAGGUGACUCUCUACUUGUGACUAAUCCACUAGUUAUUAAUGUCAGUGAAGAACCUCUGAAACUUGAUCAAACUCUAAUCUACUAUGUUGAUGAAAAGCCUCCAGAGUUCUCCAUGAAACGUCUGACCGCUGGUGUUAUUGCAGUCAUUGUAGUGGUAGUACUGGCAAUUGUUGCUGGAAUUAUUGUUUUGGUUAUCACUAGGAGAAGGAGGGGGAAGUAUGAGAAGACUGAGAUAAAGGAAAUGAAUGAAAUGCAAAGAGAAUUAAACCCAUAACUGAAGUUAAUAGAAAACAAAUCAUGAAUUACCAAGAAGGCACAUGGAAGUGAAGCAAGACCAGAAGUGUAGAUUUAAAUUUUUCUGUCAGUGGUCUACAGUGGGGGGGGCGGGGG